UUUCGUUACUAGACAUGCAGUUGUCGGUUGUUCGUCUCGGAAAAGCGCCCGUUUGGGCCAAAGUAAAACGAAUCCCUGGUUUAUUAUAUGCUGGCAAAUACCAACUGUAUAAGCCAGUCACAAACAGAAUGAAAGUGGAAGCAGUGGAGGCAAUCGUGCGAGAAAAAAGGAACUUGGAUCUGCUUAGUCGACCUUAUCUAACAAAUGUUCAAGAGACAGUAGCUCAAGUCCAUGUGGCUAAGAGGGAGGCCAACAGGGAGGCAAUAAUGACCGCAAGAGAACUCAAGCAUAUGGGUGAUCGCAAUCUAAAAAUGACAGACUUCUUUGAAUUUAACAAAAGGACUAAAGCAUGGGAAUGAGUUUUAUAGUGAAUAUGAGAGGGAAUGAAAUAAUUUUUCAUGUAAAGGACAGUGCGAUAGUAUGGUCAGAGUGGUGUGGUCGUACAUUCUCAAAAAGGAUAGGAUAUUUGGACUGAGAAAGUUAUGAAGUUCAGUUUUAGGACUUUUGACAGUUGUAGCACCUGUGAUGACUCUCAAUUCAUACAGCAAGAACAACUCAACUGCAGUAUAUAUUACUCUGCUGGGAAGUCUUGCUGUGCAUACUUUGUUAGGGAGUGUCUUUGAGUUGUAUGGAGAAUAAGUGAUUGAAUAAAAUGCUCCUGAAAAUAAUCAUUGG